CAUAUUAUAUUCCUCUGCAUCUGCACGAUCUGAGGAACAAGGCCGUGUUUCCUAAUUUAAGCUCUGUUUUGGCGAUAUACUUUCUGCAUUUGCUUCAUUUCCCAUCUGGGUUUAAUGCAUUCUGCUUAAAAUUUGCCAUUAAAGUUUAAUCACGCCUCCACUGAAAGGACUAAAAGCUCCUCUGUUCAUGGAAACAAUUCCUCUGCUUCACAUAGAGCAAACCCACGAAGCAGAGCAAGGACAAGAAGAAGGAAAAGAAGAGGGCAACGAUAAGGAAGACACUCAUCUGGAUCAAACCCUUCAUGGGUUAGAGUCGUUCCUGGGUUUGCUUGGCUUCAACCAGUCCUCUGUGCUGAGCUUUGCCCUCUCGUGGGCUGCAUUUCUGCUCAUAGGCGUUGUGCUUCCAGUGGUUGCUCUGGAGCUCUCCCACUGCUCGGGAUGCGAGAAGUACCAGAUCAAAGACUUCGAGCUCGACAUCGUGCUCUCGCAGGCGUGCCUCGCCGUUGUUUCUCUGCUCUGCCUUUCCCACAGCCUUCGCAAGUAUGGGAUUCGGAAGUUCCUCUUUGUGGAUCGCAGCGCCGGCGAGAUGACCCAGUUCUCCGACGAGUAUGUUCGGAAGAUUUCGGAUUCUAUACGCUUGCUUAUAUUGUGGAUACUGCCAUGUUUUCUUCUCAAGACUGGACGUGAGGUCAUCCGCAUUUUCUAUGUGCAUCAUGAGGCACAGUGGCAGUCCAUUGCCAUUUUACUGGCUUUGGUUGUGUCAUGGACUUACGUGACUGCAAUCUCUUUAUCAGCCAGCAUUUUGUUUCACUUGGUCUGCAACUUGCAAGUUAUCCACUUUGAUGACUAUGGGAAGUUGCUGGAAAGGGAAUGCGAUGUUUUUGUAUAUAUGAAGGAGCACAUACGUUUGCGGCAUCAUUUAUCUAAGAUCAGCCAUAGGUUCCGAAUUUAUCUUCUUCUAGAGUUCUUGGUUGUCACGGCAAGCCAAUUUGUGACUCUAUUCCAGACCACUGGUUAUAGGGGAAUAAUUACUUUUGUAAAUGGCGGUGAUUUUGCAGUUUCCUCAAUUGUUCAAGUAGUGGAAAUUAUUCUUUGCUUGCAUGCAGCUACAAAAAUUUCUCAUAGGGCCCAAAGCAUUGCAUCGCUUGCAAGUAGAUGGCAUGCUUUGGUAACAUGCAGUUCAAUUGAGGCAUCUCAAUUGAGGGUUUCAAACAGUGUGGGAAACUUGGAGGCUGCUAACCUGUUGACCUCAUUGUACAAAAACUACUCAGAAAGUGACCUAGAGUCAUUGGACUAUGCUGCUAUUCCUACAACUACACAUUUCACUUCUUAUAUAUCCUCAUACCACAGGAGACAAGCGUUUGCUUUACACACAGGGAGAGGUAGAUACGAGAAGAGAAAAGCAAUAAAAUUUUCCCUCCCUAUGGGUGGUUGUCCUGCAGUAGAGGAUACCUGGCCCGAACAAUGCAUCUCCAAAUCCUAUUCUAAACACAACACCCCCCACUCUCCAAGAACUACAGAACAGUUCAUAUGAGAGCAUUGCGUGACAAUUGAAUGAGCAAGUUUGGUCAUUGAGCUUAGAGGUUUGGUCAGAAUUAGUGAAAAAUGCAUCUAAUCCAAUUACAUGACAAGUAAAUCUGCAAAACUUUUGCCUGCAAAACCAUAUUAAUAUGAUAUUAAUAUGAUAUCAUAAUGACCCGACUACAUGCUUUUGGUCUUUCAGUACUCAAUCAGGUGCUUCCAUCUUUACAUUGACAAGUCUGUUGCACAACCUUUGCCAAUACACUUGAGUCUUGGCCUCUUCUAAAUCUCUGUGCUCAAUACUUUGUUAUUUGUACAGUGAUGUAUUUGCAGGCAAAUCCAGGGGGAAUCACUAUUUUCGGAUGGACAGUUGAUCGGGCUCUAAUCAACACGAUAUUCUUUAUCGAACUCUCGCUGGUUACCUUUGUGCUUGGGAAGACCAUAGUAUUCACUUCAAGGUGAUAAAUCCCAGGAACUCAUGGCUUCUGCAUGCAUACCAUGCAAGAUAUCAUCUUUUCGCUGAAUAAACACGAGGAAACCAAUGUUUGGUUCAGAUUAUGGAGUGAGCUAGUCAUUUGCACUUCCUGGCCACAUUUACGAGUUAGUUCGCCAACUUGCAACUGAAUGAAAAUGUCUCCACUUAGAGCUUUCAAUUGGUCCCUCUAAUCACAGAGUCCAUAUUUGAUUUUGCAGCGUGGGAUGGGAGAGAGCAAGAGCUUGCCUCCUAUAUUGAGUAUGCUUGUUCGGCUAGACUUAUUUUAUUCAUUUUUUGGAAAAUUUCUUCGUACACAAAAGAACAUCAAAUGGGUCAUUCACACAUGAAUCUUCCCCAACUCAACCUUGCAGUUGGAUUGAACUUCUAGCCUUUACUUUGUUCUUUCCGAGUAAUUGUCGUCUCCGGAGUGAUUCAUGCAUCAGCUUAUCCUUUUUUGUAUAAGCAUUUGGACGAUUACUAGUUAGAUGUACAAUUAGCUAUUAAUUAAUAAAGUUCUUAAAGUAAUGUUAAGCCUUGAA